CUUCAAUCUGCUUUGCUUGGAGACCCGAGAGGCAGGAUCCAAUCAGAUCUACUAGAAUCUCACAAUAUCCUCCACUGUAUGUGCUGCAGCCAAAGAGGCACAACUCUGUUGCCUUCCAUGCACGAUACAUCGAUUUUGUACACGCUGGCGCAAGAGCAUGCUGAUGUUAUCAACCUCCAUGACUGGUACCAAUCUUUCAAGAGGAUACUUUCUCCCCGGAAUAGCAAAGCAAAGACAACUUCAAAAUCAAAGAAACGGAAAGAUAGAUGCGAAGAACCAGAACCACCUGCUGAAGCUUCAAUUCAAGCUCGAUUUUGUAGAGCUGUAAUGGAGCUUCAGAUUGCUGGACUUAUUCGCAUGCCUUCAAAAAGACGUCCUGAUUUUGUGCAAAGAGUGGCCUUUAGGGGCUAA